AUGUCAAAGACAGAAGUCGACACCGUCGCCAACAAGCACGAUGACAGGAUCUCCGAGAAACAUAUCCCCUACCCGUCACCCUCCGAUACAACAACCGUCGACUUCCCCUCCUCACUACCCACAACCACAACCCCUCCCUCUGAUCCCUUCGACACCCCCUUAACCCCCCUAAACGAAUUCGAAGACUCGACCAACCUCCCCCAAAACCUCACCCUCUUCCAAAUCUUCACUCUAUUCUUCCUCCACUUCGGCCUCCACGCCUGGGGAGGCUCCGUAGCCCAAAUCGCGCUCCUCAAAACCGAACUCGUCCAGAAGCGUCGUUGGAUUACCGUCACCAGAUUCAACCGCGUCUAUGCAGUUUACCAAAUGCUCCCCGGUCCCGAAGCCGCCGAGAUUUGUAUGUUCUUUGGGUGCCUUGUCGGCGGGCGGUGGGGUGGGAUUGUGGCCGGGUUGGGAUUUAUUUUGCCGGGCUUUAUGGCUAUGGUCCUACUGAGUUACGUGUACACGAUUGUAGGACUGGACAAUGUGUACUUUAACGCAUCCUUUAGGGCCCUUCAGCCAGUCGUGGCCGCCAUGGUGCUCCGUGCAGUCUUCCAAAUCGGUCAACACGUCUUCAUAUCCAGCAAGACCAAAACCUUCAACAAGGUCCUUUUCAUCCUCGCCAUCCUGGGAGCCCUGCAAUCCGCCCUCCGAAUCAACUACUUCAUCACUCUCGGAGUCUUUGGGAUCUUUUACAACUUUUACACCCGCGGAUGGCGUUGGGCCGCAGGAGCCGUCAUGUUCCUCAACUAUACAGGCUACAUCCUCUACGUCAUCUUUAAGGGCGUCCCCUCCCCAACAUCCCUCGCCCUCGGAAUCGCAACCGUCCCCGACAUGCCCCACCUCCUCGCCCUGGGCCUCGUCGCUGGCUCCUUAUCCUUCGGAGGAGCCUACACAUCCAUCCCCUUCAUUCAAGCAGAAGCCGUCAUCCUCGGCGGGUGGCUCGCAAAACAAACCUUCCUCGACGGCAUCGCCCUCGGAAACAUCAUCCCCGCACCUUUAGUCAUCUUUUCCACUUUCGUGGGCUUCCAGGGCGGACACACCUACGGCGAGGGAAGUCUCGGCUACGCAUUCGGAGGCUGUGCCCUAAUCACCUUAGGAAUGUUCCUCCCCUGCUUCAUAUUCACAAUCAUGGGCCACUCGCUGUUAGAACGGAUCUGCAGGAACGAGACCAUGGCCUCCUUUUUUGACGGGAUCACUGGUUCCGUCGUCGGGAUCAUCGCCAUCACCGCCUUGGACAUCCUAAAAGCAUCCGUCGUCCACCUUCCAAAACCCGGUGUAGUCCUGGAUGGCGAAGAGUGGCUACUGUUGGCUGCACAGAAUACAUUGAGCGCUGUGAUCUUUGUGUUGGCGUUCAUGGCGUUGAAUAGUUUUAGGCAUCAGUAUUUGAGUGUGUUGUUGGUCCUUGUUGCUGCCAUUGCUGGCCAAUUCCUGUUCGUUUAG